AGUUGAUUCUCGACAAGUGUGAGAAUGCUUUGGGGAAACCUUCCUACUGGGACAUGAACCAUGAGGAGCGGAAGGCGGAGCAGGUUCCACUAGGCUUUGAGAAAGCUCUGUGGGAAGUGAUGGAGUGGAAACUGAAUCGACCUUCCAUCAAGUGCGACAACACGCUGGCGUCGGAGAACCUGCCAGCUAACGCGGGGGGGAAUUCUUCGAGCGGCGGUCCUGCACAGCCGUCGUCGGGGAGGAGCGCUUCUGACAGGAAAGCAAUGGAGGAUUCGGACCACGCAGCGAAGACACGGAGGACAAACACCGGCAAAGCGAGGACGGACGACACGAUCAGCGGAGGGAUAGCAUUGGGUAGGGCGAUGGAGGAUGCGACAAGGUCUUAUGACGAGGGCUUGGAUAAGGCCGCUGCCACUCUGGCGAGGGCAACGUCGGAGGCAGGCUCGGCGAUUGCGGCGAAGAUCGGUGACGUGGCAUAUGCCAUGCGUGGCGGGAACACUGUCCUUGAGAUGCUCGUGGGGGUUCUCGCAAGGCGUGGAGGUGGGGGAAACGGUGCUGCAUACGAUAGGGCGGAUACAGACCCCUCUUCGCGGUAAUAUAUAUAUAUAUAUAUAUAUAUAUAUAUAUAUAUAUAUAUAUAUAAUAUGGGUACUGGCUGUCGUUUCCCACCCCCGACGUCCAAAACGGGCGUCCCCUCCCUUGUC